AUGGCGGAGGUGCGCGUUGGAAUCCUCAGCACUGCAUCUAUCGUGGGAAAGGUGCUGCCUGGGCUGAAGCAUGGCAUGACUGUGGUGGGUGUCGCGUCCAGGGACCACAAAAAGGCCCAGGAGUUCUGCGCGGAGCACAGCUGCGGCGAGGGAAUGCUGUACGAUGAAAUGCUGGAGAGAUCCGACGUGGAUGUGCUGUACAUUCCUUUGCCCACAGGACUGAGGAACGAGAAGAUCCUAGCUGCCAUCGCCAAGGGCAAGCACAUCUACUCAGAGAAGCCCAUGGGAGGAACCGCCAAAGAACUCGAAGAUCUCAUCAACGCCUGCGCCAGUAAAGGUCUGCAGUGGAUGGAUGGCACCAUGUGGUACCACUCCACGAGGACCAAGCAGAUGGAGGAGAAGCUCCGGAGCAAGGCGCUCGGGGAGGUGCUGAGAGUCACCGCCGCCUUUACCUUCAAGGCGCCGGACGAGGCGUGGCUGCAGGGCGGCAACGGGCGCACGGACAAGUCCCGGGAGCCCAUGGGGUGCCUGGGGGACCAGGGCUGGUACCCCUUGUCCGCGAUCCUGUGGGCUUUCGGCUGGAUUCUGCCAGAGAAGGUCAUGUGCACGCACGUCACCUUCAACAAGGUGGACACCAUCGUGGCCUGCGCUGGCACCUUGUGGUUCCCGGGGAACCGCUCGGCGGUCUUCGACUGCGGCUGCACGUCGCCCCACCGGAGCCAGUUCGAGGUGGUCUGCGAAAAUGGCCUGCUGCGCGUGGACGACCUGGUGGGCGGCCAAAAGAGGAGCGGAAACUUCGGAGCAUACGAGACACCCUUUGUCGGUAGCACGGAGUACGUGCAGGGUGACGCCAUGGGCAAAGACGAGGUGAUCUCUGUCGAGGGCUGUGACCAUGUGAAUAUGCUCGUGGACGACUUCGCUGCGUGCGUGCGAGACAUCAAAGCCGGCGGCAAGCCCAGUGACGACUGGCCAAAGCGAUCUUUGCUGGUCCACAAGGUCAUGUGUGCGGUCUUCGAAUCUGCCAACAAGGGCGGGGCAUUGGUGCCGCUGGGCAGUGGUGGAUAUGCUUGA